CCCUCUCUGCAAUAUACAAUAUUUAAUUAAUUAAUGUGUUAUCCUUUUCAAUUCCUUCCAUUUUUUCCCAUUUCACAUUUUAGAGCAGCAAUGAGUUCCUCUUCGACAAUCGCCCCGCCGGCGCCGGAAAAUCCAUCGGCCGAUCAGUCAAGCGGCAGCUCAGCCGCCGAUCCGCCGCCGAGCCGGUACGAAUCACAGAAGCGGAGGGAUUGGAACACCUUCGGACAGUACCUGAAGAACCAGAGGCCGCCGUUGGCGGUGUCGCAGUGCAGCUGCAACCACGUGCUGGAAUUUCUCCGGUACCUCGACCAGUUCGGGAAAACUAAGGUUCACUUGCACGGCUGCGUGUUUUUCGGGCAGCCUGAGCCGCCGGCGCCGUGCACCUGCCCGCUGCGGCAGGCGUGGGGCAGCCUGGACGCGCUGAUCGGACGGCUGAGAGCCGCCUACGAGGAGUACGGCGGAUCGCCGGAGAAGAAUCCGUUCGGCGACAGGGCGAUCCGACUGUAUCUCCGGGAAGUUAAGGACAGCCAGUCCAAGGCCAGAGGGAUUCCGUACACCAAGAAGAAGAAGAAGAGGAAGAUCACUAGCAAUUCGAUCAACGGUCAGGAUGACCCGAUCAAGAACUCCAAUCACAGCUCCACCUGAUCAAUUGAAUUUCAAUUCCCCCAAACUGCUACGGAAUAUGUAUAAGGAGGUAGAAAGCUGUUUUAGAUGGAGGCCCAGGGCUUCAUCAAUGUUUCCCAACUGAUUUAUAAAGCUUCAAUUUCAGGGUUUCCAAAUACAUAUAUAUAUAUAUAUAUUAUAUGUAGACCAAAGAUAUAUAUAUACAUACACACAUGGAUACAUAAAAAUACAUGCACGUAGCUGCAGUGGGACUUGAUGUUAAUAUAUAUAUAAGGUAGUUAAGAUGGAUUAUUAGUUUGAAGUAUUGUUACUUAUUAAAGUUAUUAUUAGUGGGCAGCACUGAUGACUUCAUUGAUUUAAUUAACUCUACUCUCCAUUGGCUGUUGGCAUUUUAAUUAA